CGAGAAGGCGGAGGUCGGAUGGAGUGAAUGGCUGCUAAAGGGAGGGGCUUCACACAAACUCGGGAGUCCUGUUACUGAACGCUGGAGAUUUUGGAAAUGUAAGGAACAGCUCAAGUCAUUUUCUCUUUGCAGGUUUCUUCGCACAUCUAAAGGACGCAGAGCUCGUUCGCCUCACCGCGCAGGGUCACGCUCUCAGGAUUGAAGCAUGGACGAUGAUUUCGAGCGGCGCAGGGAGCUCAGGAGACAGAAGCGGGAGGAGAUGCGUCUGGAAGCCGAGAGGAUGGCGUAUCGCCGGAAUGAGGAGGAUGAGGAGGAGGCCGCUCGUGAGCGCAGACGAAGAGAGCGGCAGGAGAGACUGCGCGGUAAGGACAGCGAGGAUGUGGCCUACCAACCCGAGACCCCGGAGCUCAACAACAGCCACAGUGUUACGGUGACAGAGAGUGUAUCCACCUCAGUGGUGUCCUCCAGCGGGACGGGAGAGGGGGAUGAUGAAGAACAAGCCCUGCUGGAGCGCCUGGCCAAGAGAGAGGAGCGCAGGCAGAGGAGGAUGAAGGAGGCGCUGGACAGACAGGAGGAGCUAGAGAGCAGCCAAACCUCACACCACAGCCUGGAGGAGAGCAGCGGCCUGCACCACGGCCGGAGCUACGAGCCUGAGGAGGAGGUGAAACAGGUGGAGGAGGAGGAGGAGCUCAUCCCUAGAGAGGAGGUGGUGGUGGAGGAAAAGCCACGGAGGUCUUAUUUUAGAGAACAGGAAUCCGCUGAGGAAAUAUCUAAAAUACCUGAGGAGGACAAUAAUGAGCGAGAUGCUGUGCCUUCUUCUGAACUACAUGAGGUGGUUAUAAAUGAAGACGUAGAUGAUUCUGCAUUUGUUUCGGAGACGGAAAAUGGCACCGCAGAGCUCACUGCAGGUGUAUGGGAGGAAAAGAGUGAGAUAGAGGGAUUGACAGAGAAUGGAGUGGAUGAAAUGAGAGAGGCAGAAAACUUUGAGAAAUGUGAGGUUUCAGAAAAUGACGAGUCUUUGAUGGAAGAUGAGGAUGUGAUGAGAAAGAAUAAACAGCCCAAUGGAGGAGUGUGCGAGGACAGCACUCCCAAACACAAGAGAGCUGAGAGGACUUUCAGCCGAGGCAGCUUGCGCUCUCCUGAGGCGCCGGAGGCAGACGAUGCAGACGGCGAGGAUGCUCGCUUGGAGGCUGAGAGAAAGCUGGAGGAACUGAAGAGGAGAAGAGAUGAGAUGGAGAGCGAGGAGUUCGAGAGGAUGAGGCAGAAACAGCAGGAGGCCGAGGUGGAGCUGGAGGAGCUGAAGAGGAAGAGGGAGGAGAGGAGGAAGGUGCUGGAAGAGGAGGAGCGGCAGAGGAAGCAGGAGGAGGCUGAGAGGAAAGCCAGAGAGGAGGAGGAAAAGAGGAGGAUGAAGGAGGAGAUCGAGAAGAGAAGAGCAGAGGCGGCCGAGAAGAGGCAAAAAGUGGAGGAUUCAGAGGAAGGAGAGGCCAGGAAACCCUUUAAGUGUGUCAGUCCCAGAGGAUCCUCCCUGAAGAUCGGUGAGAGGGCAGAAUUUCUCAACAGAUCAGCACAGAAGAGUUCUGUGAAGGCGUCUCACAGUCCUGUGGUGUCUAAGAUUGAUAACCGAUUAGAGCAGUACACCAGCGCAGUGCAGAGCCACAAAGAGGUCAGAUCUCCCAGAUCAGCUGCCAUAGAUCUUCCCAUGGUGACGGACGGUAUUCGCAACAUCAAGAGCAUGUGGGAGAAGGGGAAUGUCUUCAGCUCUGGUGGGAGCCCAGCGUCCACCAACAAGGAUGCAGCUGGGAUAAAGGUGGGCGUGGCCGGCCGCAUCAACGAUUGGUUGAAUAAAACUCCAGAGACGGGCAAGACGUCAGGAGGAAGACCCACGGUAAGUCUUUGACUGUGUCCAUCACACUCGUGAA